UGUUUGCUUGAAAGUCUCAACAAAUGUUUGUCGCCACAGAUGACGCUGCUGUUUAAAAUGUGUCAUUAGUUCUAAAGUUAACCCGGAGACUGUGAAUAGUUAUCGUGAGGAGAAAGACAGAGAGAGAAAUUCGUAGUUCACUUGUCUUCUCUCUCUCCUCCGGGUACCUCUGAUGCUGUUGCAGCGCUAAAACUCGAGCUAGCUAAGGCGUCCAAGAAAAGAUGCCACCUGAACGAGAUCACCGUGAAUUCUACACUUAUUUUGGUGUGGAGCUGGUGAUCAUGGCGGGGACAGUCAUGCUGGCCUACUACUUCGAGUACACGGACACGUUCAACGUGCACGUGCAGGGAUUUUUCUGCUACGACAGUGCAUACACCAAGCCCUACCUCGGCCCCGAGGAGACCAGUGCCAUCCCACCCGCAGUGCUCUACGCAGUGGUCGCAGGGGUCCCAACACUGGUGAUAACAGUGACUGAAGCAGUGCUGUUCCUGAUGCAGUAUACAUCAAAAGAUCUUGACACUAGAAAGAAGACCAUUGUGACCGGAGACUGCUGUUACCUCAAUCCUCUGGUGCGCAGGACUUUCCGCUUUUUGGGUGUGUACAUGUUCGGUCUCUUCACUACAGACAUCUUUGUGAAUGCGGGUCAGGUGGUAACAGGGAACCUUGCGCCUCAUUUCCUGACAGUAUGUAAGCCUAACUACACAGCUCUGGGCUGCCAGCAGGCCCUGCGCUACAUCAGCCACCAGGAGGCCUGCACUGGGAAUGAGGAGGACAUUCUACGUGCCCGCAAAACCUUCCCCUCCAAAGAAGCAGCCCUCAGCGUCUAUGCUGCGCUCUAUCUGGCCAUGUACAUCACGUGCACUGUGAAAGCCAAAGGAACCAGGCUGGCCAAGCCGGUCAUGUCGCUCGGUCUGAUGUGCCUGGCCUUCCUCACAGGCAUCAACAGGGUGGCAGAGUACCGCAACCACUGGUCGGAUGUAAUCGCCGGCUUUAUCAUUGGAGUGGCCAUAGCCACCUUUCUGGUUGUGUGCGUGGUCCACAACUUCAAAGGAAAGCUUCUGUUGAGUGAAGACCCCCAGCAGGAAAGCAUGAGCAGUGCGCCUAUGAUGAGCAUGCCUAGAGUUGAAAGCCCCCUGGAGAAAUACAUCGCAUCUCAGAUUUGGCCUGCAGACAGGGGUUAUAUGGCAGUUGAACAAGAUUAUUAAGAAUCACAUCGCCUUCGAUGAAGUCACAUGACCUUGAGUCGGCAGUGUGGCAGACACAUUGGACAUCCACGCUCUUUACCGUCCAGUCAUCAUAGUCAAGGUGCAAUGCUAACCGCAUCAGUCAUAUCCUCUAUGAUGUUGUUUUGGAUCACUCUCCCCUUAUGUAUGUGUGUGUAAAAAAUGAUGGUCAUAUCAUGGAAUAACGGUGUACUGCUACUUGCACAAGCGCCAACCCCCCUCUCCCGUUUCUGUUUUGUUCUUGGCCCCUCGUAACUGGAGCUUGAAGAUUCACUGUGUGUUACUGGAGAGACUGUCUGUGUAAGAAACCUAUUUUAUGGUGGCAGAUGGAAUUUACCAAGUUUCAGAUUCAAAGUGAACUGAACCUAAUGCUGUAGAUAAGUCUGCUUUCUUGCUUUGUUUUCCCACUGUAUCAUAUGUAUGAUAAUAUGUUUGUGGCAUAAUUUUUAAUGCUUUCAUUUAAAGAAAAUCAAACUGGAUUUGUGUAAAUGUGAGUCAUCAAAACAUUUCAUUUAUAUUUUUAGAAGUGCACUUGAAUUAAUUUUUAUGAGCAAUCCCAAGUCAACAAUCAUUAAAGAAACCUCUACUAUAAAUGGUACAGUUUUUCUAUAACUGUAAUAUUAGUUGUAUUGGUGAUAUUCUAUAAGAACCACUGCUCAAGCUGAGGCACAGUAACUGACCACAGUGAAGCUUUAAGGCACCCAAAAUGAGCAUAGCCUUCCCUGCUGUGCGUCGUCCUCCCUCUCAGUCCGUGAAAAAUGGAUCAGCCGAGCAGACAAUCACAAGCACUCUCUCAGAGGCAUUCUGGGUAAUUUUCCUAAAUAGAAGUCUAACUAAUGUUCAAUUUGGAACAAUGAUUUAAUCAUUCAUAGCAGCGAUAAGUCACUUGAAACAGUCAGUUGGGCAAAGACAAUUGUGCUGAAAACGGAUUCCGCUUCUCUCAGGCCCAGAGAUUGCCAGGCUGUUUUUAGACUGUCUUUAACUGUUUGUUCUCUUUUCUAUUGAUUUCAAAUGCAUGUUAAUCUAAUGGCCAACAUGUUAAUCAGCAUGUUGUAUUCAGAUAUGUCUGUAAAGCCAGGAGCGAUGGCAGAAAGGACCCCCUUCAUCCGUAACAUCAAAAAUCAAACCGAGAUACCUCAGUUGCAAUGAAAAUAAUGAAAGAACUUAAUCACAUGAAUCUAAUCCUGAAAACAGAAUUAGCACAUUUGUUUGCAAUAGAGUAUUCUAGGUGUCUGUUGGCCCCAGUAUAGAGCCCUUAGAAAGAUUAGCAGUUCUAAGGUGCUAAUAUAUGCACCUUCUCUUCUUAAAAAGAAUGAGUUGCCAUGUGUAUUUGCAAUUUCCUGCAGAUGUGACCAAUUCGUAGAAGAGCAAUAACAUUUGAAGCUUUCUCUUUCAUGAGGAUCAGAGACAAAGAACACAUUGACAUGGACCCAUGAGGCUGUGUCCCAUGAUAUGGUAUAUUUUUAUAAUCCUUGCUGAUGCACUUCACACAAAGUUCAGUAUAAUCGAUACUAGAAUUCUAGCACUUUAAAAGACGAAAAAAAAGUCAACUGCAGAGAAAAAUAACAUCCAUUUAAACUGCUGCUUUAAUAAGUACAUAUAGUGAUAAUCAGGAUUCAUUAGUAAUCUGGUAAUGUGGAUAUAAAUUAUUACAGUGCUUGUAACAGUAUUAUAUCAAAAGUAAUGAAAUGUGUACAAAGAGUGAACAUGCACAUACAGUAUAGUUUGUCAGGUUUUCUUGCUGUUUAUUUUCUUAUGUUCGUGCUGUGUGUGUGUGUGUGUGUGUGUGUGUGUGUGUGUGUGUGUGUGUGUGUGUGUGUGUGUGUGAGUGCAUAUGUGUGUUUGUAAAAAAACAGAAUAAGUACAUAAUGUACAACGUGUACUUCAUCAUUAAGCUACUUUAAAUUUAGAAAAGGAAGAAAAUGACUUGUGUUAUAACUCAUUGGAUUGCUGUUCAAACCGGAUGGCUGGAUUCCUUUUCUCAUUUGGAAAUACUGAUUUGUUUAUAGUGUCUAUAUUUUGCAUAUUUGUUUGUGUUCACAACUUAUAUUUCCUAUUUGUUUUAUAGUUUGUACAGAAUUUUUGGUUGUUAAAGGUUCAUUUUUACAACCUACUGAACUUUUUUAAUUGCUGAUUUCUAUCUACGUUCUUCACCUGUGACAUUUCCACCUGCAUAGCUAUUGGUUUUGUAUGGAUGUUGUAGGUCGGUCUUAUAAGUUUCACAUGGUUCCAGCUCACUGCGUCCUUUAAAGACUUUCAUCAAAUUAUGACCUUUUACACUGUAGAGGAAAUAAAAUUUAAAGGCUUUGAAUAAAAAAUAA